GCCUUCAGAACAGCUCAUGGCUGUUUCUGAGCCACCUGGGAAUCAGCAUGGUGCAGUUGGACUGCACGAAAGAUGCUGCAGAUGUAGCAAAGCAGCUUGAGAGCGAGCACGCAGGGGAUCUUGAGUUUGUGGAGCUCGAUCAGCGAAACCUCUUCAAGAUGCAGAGCCCUCAGAUCGCGGACCCGCACUGGUCCAGGCAGUGGGGCUUCCGCCGGAGCGGCUUCGAAUCGGCCUGGAACCGGCUAGAAUCGAUGCAAGUGGAACCAGCGCCGGUAACCAUCGCCGUGCUAGAUACGGGGAUCCAGCUGGACCACGAGGACCUGCAGGGUCGCCUUUGGCAGAACGAGGGCGAAAUCCCCAACAACGGGGUGGACGACGAUGGCAACGGCUUUGUGGACGACGUGCACGGCUAUGACUUUGCAGAUGAGGACGGCGACCCGUCAGAUGACGACGGCCACGGGACGCACUGUGCAGGGGUCAUUGCCGCGGUCCGGAAUGCUGUGGGAGUGGUGGGGGCUGCUGGUGGCAAUCCUGCGAUACGGAUCAUGGCCCUGCGGUUCCUCAGCCGGGAUGGCGGCCGCACCAGCGACGCAGUGCUGGCGCUGAACUACGCCAUCUCCAUGGGGGCCAUCGUCUCCUCGAACAGCUGGGGUGGGCCUUCCCACAGCCUGGCGCUACAGGCGGCGGUUCAGAGCGCGAAGGAAGCGGGGCACCUGUUCGUGGCAGCAGCAGGCAAUCUGGGUAGAAGUAACGACCUGAUCCCGACGUACCCCUGCAACUACGAGCCUGCCCUGUGCGUGGCAGCGACAGCACCCACGGACCAGCUGGCCGACUACAGCAAUUAUGGCGUUGACUCGGUGCAGAUCGCAGCUCCAGGCGCCAAGCCUAAAAUAUCACCCAACCGCCUUCUGAACGAAGCCCGGAACGAAGCCAAGGACGACCUGCAGUCGAUCGUGGUGGAGUCUGCCGAGCGGGCGCCCUGGCUCGACGGCUUCGUUUCUGCGGGGCUCCUGGACGUGGCGGCUAUGGUCUCGAAGGCAGAGUCCAGGAACUGGAUUCGUCUCCAGGAGCCUUCGGGUGGCUGGAGAGAUCCAACGGGCACACUGGCUCGCAUCUCGGUGCCGGCCAACGGCGCCGUGUCCUUGGGGGUGGAGAUCGGCCAUGAAUUCCUCGGGGUUGGCGUCUACCAGGCCCAGAUCAACAUCGACUGGGGAGAGGGCAAGGAGGAUUGUGAGGAGAAGGUGCCAGUGCAGUAUGAGAUACUUGGCACGCCUUUCCUGCCGUCCACGAUCUUUGCCGGCACGCUGGAAUUCGGGACGGUCCCUGUCGGAGGAGAGGGGCGACGCACCGUGCGGAUCUGGAACUUCGGAAACGGCACUGCCCGAGCGCAAGUCAUGCCACUGGCGGUCCCCUUCGCAGGACCGACUAUGGAGGUUUCUGUGGAGCCACACCAGUCCGCGGACGUCGUGAUCACAUGUCGCCCACGUAGCACGGGCACCUACGCCGGCACAGUGGAGUUCAAGACGAAUUCUGGCCUCACUGCGUUCGAUGCGGUUGCAGUGGACGCUCUGGACCGUGGCGAAGCUUUUACCAUGCCGCUCAACUGUGAAGGAAGCGAGGCGCCACACAUGGAGUUGGAUGCCUUCAGCGGAGUCAUGCUACUACGUGAAGGUGCUCUUCCUUUCCACGUCUCGCCCAGCGUGCCCGCAGAGUGGGAAUCCGAGAUCGUCGACCCUCAGGCUCCGGAGUGCAACGUCACGGCGUUCUUGGCGGCAGCUUCCACUGCGAAUGAGCAAGGCUGUGAGCCCCACGAAGCCUCCCUGGCGGGUAAGAUCGUCAUCGUCGCCCGUGGCGGCUGCACUUUCCAGCAGAAGACAGAGAUGAUCCAGGCUCGAUUUUCUUGGGGUCUUUUUUCGGGUACGAAUACAAGCCAGAACACCACCAACAAUGAUACUACUGAGAGUGAUAGUAAUGCUAGCGCUAAUGCGAAUGCUAAGGUUAGCCGGAAUACCUGCCAUGUAAACCCGAUAGUUAGACUACGACGCCGACUGCUAAAUAUUACAGUAUCAGUACGAAUAAUAGGAACACGAAUGAAGAGUAAUAAUGAGACUAGCAAAUAA